CCUUCGAAUGAGACCUCCGGAGGACGCAGCCUUCGUGUGUGUGAACGAGGAAGUGUAGCACUUACAGUUUUAUCAGAUAACAAAGCCUACGAUCAAGGUCAAUCAAUACCGGUUGGCCCUCUACUGAAUGGGACGUUUUUGCAAUUUCUGGGAAUAAAAUAGAUUACAAUGAGUAAAUCCAUGGCAUUCCAGAUCCAACUACCAUUUGCAGUUCCAAUCCCAGUUCCAGUAGGACCUAGAAAAACAGACACUCUAAUACAAUGCAUCAUAGAAAACAAGUUAAAGAAACUUUGCAAAUCAAUAAAAGGCAGAGAUAUUAAUGGACUGUACCCUUCUGAGGUCUGGAAUGAUGAUGUUACUCCAUUAACUGCAGCAGUUUUAUGCAGAAAUGAAGAAAUCUGCUCUUAUCUACUUAAAAAGUUGGCUGAUCCAAACAAACCAUCAACAAAUGGUCAAACUCCUCUACAUUAUGCUGCUUUAAAUGGAGUUCCACUAAGUAUCGUGAAAAGAUUACUUGCAGCAAAAGCUAACCCAGAUGGAUGUCAAUCACAAAUUUAUACUCCAUUGCAAUAUGGUGUUGAUCGUAACCAUGAAGACAUUGUGAAAUCACUAAUAGAGGCUGGAGCUUCACCUGAAAACAAAUAUGGGGUGAAUCUAGAGCUUGAUAAAAAGGUGGAGAGAAUGAUUCAUCAAUUAUCAUCACAGGGUGAAGUAUUUCAGAAAGUACAUCUAUUUUUCUCUUUUUCUUGUGCUGUACCAACAAAAAAUCAUAUAGAAGUUUUCAGAGUCUAUAAGGAACAUUUCUUUCAAGAGGAUCCUUUCAAUCAUACAAUUCUGUUUGAGCUCUACUAUAGUGUUAUUGGUCAAGUUUCAGAGCAGUAUCAUCACAGCGCCAUCAAGUGGUUAAAAGAUACAAAGAGUGCAGACAGAUACAUUGAGGGAGUCAUCAAACGCUUCCCAAGAAUCCCUCAGAAACACUGGCUGAUUGCACUGAAUUGCUUAAAUGCUGCCUUGUGUGUCAGUGAAAACAUCACCUCUCAGGUAUUUAAUAAACUUGUGCCAAUUCUAACAAACAGACUUCAGCACUCUGGAAACACACAAGGAGAAAAAAUCAAUUAUCUGAUACUAAAGAUACUCAAUGUCAUGAUGCAGAAGAUUUCUGAGCAGAAACUGGAACUGAAUCAUUCUGUCUAUGAGAAGUUAUGCAAAAGUCUGUUGCCUCUCACACGUCCUGAUCAUUCAAGUCUAAUUGGAGUUUGGACCUAUGGACUGUUUGCCUAUAUAAAUGACUUCACUCCUAAACUUGUAGCAUUGUGUGGAUUGUCACCCAUCCCAGAGAUGAUACUUAUUAAAGCAGAGAUAGAGAUGGAUGAAGUCAUGAAAAAAAAGCAGCAAAAGUUGGAUGAAUCACUCAGACAUCCAGCAGGUUCAAGUGCAGUGGAUAGUUUAUGUGAGGAGACUGCAGCUCUAUUGACAACCAGGAAGAAGAAGAAGAAGAAGAAGACGAAAAAGAAGAAACAAAUCCAGCAAGAGGUUGGAUCACAAGAAGCUGAGCUUCAAGAUAAAGAGGAGCCGCAUCCAGACUCUGUAGUGACAUCCAUUGAGGAAUCAAAUUCAAGUGUGCAGCCGUUCACACGACCUGAUGAGAGCCCACAUAUCUCAAGAAGGUGGCUUCAGACCAGCUGUCGUUGGAGGUCUAAGCUUGAGCAGCUAGCUAACAUGGAUAUUAACAAUACCUAUAGGCUGGGAAACCUUACUCUUGUACUCACUGAUGAAUUUCAGAUCGCUAAAGGAAGUGAUGGAACACAAGUUUAUCUUGGUUUGAAGCAUGACGGCACUGAGGUGGCUGUGAAACGAAUGAUUAAGUCUAAUUACCAAGUCCUGAGAAAUGAGGAGGAAUUUCUACGACUUCCACAGCUUGACAGUCCCUCCAUUGUGCGAUAUGUGGACUUUGCAGAAGAUAUGUAUUUCGGAUACCUUGUUCUUCAGCUUUGUGAGUACACACUGGAGGAAUAUAUCCAAGAUCAUUUACCAGAUGACAGCGCUGAGAGAUCUUUGGUUCUGAAGAAGCUGGUGAAGGAAGUUCUCUGCAGUUUACAGGUUUUACACGACCAGAAAACUAAAGUGCUCCAUCGAGACAUCAAACCGCAGAAUGUCCUGAUUGACAUAAAUGAAAAAGCUAGAUUGGCUGAUUUUGGCAUAAGUCGGAGACUAAAACAGAGUGAAACCACUUUACGAACAAGCAUUGCUGGAACUAGAUGCUGGAAGGCCAAGGAGACCAUAGAUGAGGAGGCCAACACUGGAUACAAGAGGAGCUCCGACAUUCAGGUUGCUGGGAUGUUAGUCUACUACAUUCUCUCUGAAGGACAACAUCCAUUUGGUAAAGGUGCUGCUUGUGAAUACAACAUUUUACGAGGAAGAUACUCUCUGCAGCAUCUGGAUGAUGAUGUAGCGAAGGAUCUCGUCGAGUGGAUGAUUAAUGAAGAUCCAAACAACAGACCGACUGUGGAGCAAACCCUCGCACACCCCUUCUUCUGGACUGAUGAACGGAGAGUGGAGUAUUUGAAAAAAAUGGGGAACCAGAAAGAGGUUGAGAACUGUCGUGAUGUGGAUGAAGAGCUCCUUCAAACUCUUGAAAAAUACACAGAGGGGAAAAGCUUUUCUGAAUGGAAGACUAAAUUGGCGUCUAAUCUUGUCCAGAAGUUAGACGGUAAGAAGAAACCUUAUCCUGAGAACACACUGGGUCUGCUGCGAUUUAUACGCAACCUACACGAGCAUUAUCCAGAGGACGCAGAGAGCAUCAGCCUGAUGGCUUCAUUCCCUGAUCUGUUUGGGAGUGUGUUCAGGUUUGCGAAGGAGAGAGGAUGGAACUCCAGACCGAGUCUGAAAAAGUUCUUCAGCUCAGCUCCACAGAUCUGAUUGUUGUAAUUUUUAAUAAGAACAGACAUUAUUUUUCAUUAAAAUCAACAGUGAAUCAUACAUCAAGUGCAAGACUGGGAAGGAAGGACAGUGUGGUUGUCACUAUAAGACUGGGGCAUUGUGCACUGAAUUAUGGGCUGGCAAUGGUUGACAAACAUCCAGGUGUUUUUUUUUGGAAUCUGGACCUUUUUAUUUUUUAUUUUUUUACUGAAAUCAAUUCUUAGUACUAAGGACUAUGAAACAAUAAAAGCUGUUAUUAACUUUCUGCACGUAACUGGGCUAAAGUUAAGGAUAUAACCCAUUAAGUGGGGUUCUUCAGGUGAACUGAGGAGGGCCUAGCCUUUUUAAUCUUGUUGUAGUCUUCUUCAUUUUUAAACCUGCAGCAAGACGCCCAAAGCAGUGCAUUUUUACUGGAAGAAACUGAAGUUAAAAUUCCUUUUAGUUGUUGUAAAACAUGAUGUGAGUAAAUACCUUGGUUAAGAUCCUUACAAAACUUAACCAUGGUUUUAUUAUAGUAAAAGUGUAGUGACUAUGUUUGUAAUCGUAUUGAUUACCAUUUGUAUAACCACAGUUUUACUACAAAUACCACGGUUAAACUAUGGUUCACAAAAUCAUAGAUAAUUUGUGGUUACCAUGGUUUAACUAUAUAACCAUGUUGUUUUUGGUUUUAUUUGUAGUAAAACCAUGGUUAAAUUUUAAAAGGUUUUCCAUUAAAACCAUGGAAGAUUUUGUCCUAGCUUUUUUCAAGUAAUUCCUACUACAAAUGUUUUUCAGUGUGCUUUUUACAAGUUUGUUUUUAAUAUAUAUAUAUAAAACUUCAGCAUCCCAUGUAAAUAUUUUAGUUUUGUCGGUUGCUGUCUGAGCUUGUUCAGAAACUCCAUCUUUAUUCUGCUCUGUCACUCAUCGACAACCUGCCUGUUCUGUCUGCGGGCCGUAGGCUAUAUUCACUAUAGGCAAGCCUGCUCUGAGCAUGCGCGCAGCGCGUGCAUAACAGUCCAGUGCAGGCUGUACUGGUGCUUGAAUAAAGCGCAGAUAUGUUGUUCUGAAAAGACGUCGGGAACGGGGUAUUGUUAGACCGCCCGCUCCCGUUCAAAUUGCACCAGAGUUACCGACCGCAACCGCGUUUUAUUCGGGAAUUUAAUCCCGCAUCGCAAGAAAUCUGAUCAGGUCCCGCAGUUCCCGCGGGAGCAGCCACGGGAAUGCAGACCUCUAUACUGAGGUGCAGAUAAUUGCCACUAUUUGCAAUAAGUAGUAUAAAUAGCAGAAAAUCCUGCUAUUUUAACAUAGUGUAAAUAGAAUCCAUUGCUAUUUGCACUUAGUGUGAACAGCAUCUAUUGCUAAGAAAAUAUGCUAUUUUCACUUAGUGAAAAAUAUUUGUAAGCAUUUCAAUUUACAUUAAAUAAUGAUCUCAUUAGAUAAUGUUUAAUAAGUACAUCAGUAAACAUUCACAAGCAUAUUAUCUCAUAUUAUAGCAAUGUGAUAAUAUAAUGUUUAAUGAUUUAUUAAUGAAGUUAUUAUAAAGUGUUACCAACCCAGGAAGCAGAGUUUUUCAGAUGAACUGAGGACGGCAGCAAUACGCCUUUGAUGUGUCUAGCCCGCAGCAAAUAUUAAGAGUAGCUCCAGAGUGCACCCUGAACAAUGGGGCGACACGUGUCGCUCCGCCCACCUUCAGUUUCAUUGGUUUAUAAUACAGCAGAGCUUAUUGGUGUACACAUUUGCGCAUGAGCAUUCUUUUAUAUGCGUUUUUAUGAAUGAUCUAUGCAGUUUGGCUGUACUACAGAAAUAUUAAGUGCUAACAACAGCGAUUUUAGUUGGAAUCAAUUAGCAAAUGUGUUUUUUUAAAUUUAUUUAUGACGAAUUAGAUUAAGUUCCUAUCAAAGGCUUGGUGGCGGCAUCUCCGAGUACUUCCGGCAGAACAGAGCUAAUAUGAGCGGCUCACGAAUUAAGUCUGGGGAACAAAUUCUUAAUUCGUGGCCACGAUAUAGUCCUACCUACAAAUAGCCUCACCUAUGAGAAAUAUUAAUUAUGUUUCUGUGUGAUGAACGUAAAUAGUGGUCCUCAGUCUCAACAACAGGUGCACGUUAAAUGAAGUCAUAUUAUUGCACUUUUCACUGUACACGAAGCAGACAUACUUAAACACUGAGCAGUUUUAGCUGGGCGAUGUUGAUAAAAAUGAUCCACUGUUUGAGAUUUAGCUGUUUUGUAUAAUGUAUAUUUAUAUGUAGCCUAUAUUCUUUAUUUUAGGAUCGGUGGAUAAGCAAUAACUUAGGAUAUGAUGAUAAUUCACUGUAGUUCAGUAAGACAUAGGACCCGCAAACGGUUUUAUUUUAAAGAACAACUGCGGUGAUAAAUAAGACAAUAAUACCAAAUAGCGUUCAGCGUGAACUGGGGUUUUAUGUGUGGAUAAUGGGAAUAAAAACCUUGCUGAAAGAAACCCUCCUUUUUUUUUUCUUUUUUGCAUAUAGGCUUAUUUUAAAUGUUUUUGUUUACUAAAACAGCUGUUAUUAAAUCUGACCUACAGCAAAUAUUAUUAUUAAUGUGCUUUAGUGCGUAUUUAAGCAAUAAAUGGUAAUUUUCUCUGUAACAUUUUUAUUUAUACUUUUAUAUAAGCUAUAUGCACAAAUUAAAUUACUGGUUUUGUUGCUCAAUCCUUUAAAAAGAACCAGGAAUCACUGUACUACAUUAGGCAUACUGAUUUUAGAUAGUCUUUA